GACCAGUAUGCCGACUCCAACAAGGUGCUCUUGCACGAUGUGGCCUCGCCAUGGGUGGAGCCAGCGUUGGCCACAGUUCUGCGGGAAUGCGAGGUCGAGUUUGAUGCCGAGGCCUUGGCCCCGAGUUUGGUCGGCGUGCCAAUACUUCUGCGGGUGGGAUCCAGAGACAGGACGGUUCAUCCAUGGUUCUCGCGCCGGAU